AUGAGUAUCAAUCAGAUUGAGCUUCUGAAUGGCUCAAACUUUAAGAAAUGGAAAGGAGACAUAGAAUUGAAUCUGGGGAUAUUGGAUUAUGACCACGUUUUGAAGGAAAAUCCACCAGCAGCAUUAACUGAGAGUUCUAGCAGAGAGGCAAGGGAGAAACAUGACAAAUGGUACAAGCAUAACAAGAUGGCAUUGAUCAUGAUCAAGAAAAGCAUGCAUGAGAAUGUGAAGGGCAGUAUACCUGAUUCAGAAUUGGCCAAGGAGUUCUUUAAUUCCAUUGCAGAAAAGUUUAAAAUUUCUGAUAAGGCUGAAGUGCAGAAUUUGGUGAGGUCUCUUGCAAGGAUGAAAUACAAUGGCAAGACUAGUGUGAGAGAGUACAUUAUGAAAGGUUCUGAUAUUGCUGCAAGGCUAAGAGCACUGAAUAUGGCAAUUGAUGAUUCAUUUCUUGUGUACAUGAUUCUGGACUCACUCCCAAAUGAAUAUUCUCAACUCAAAACCUUGUACAAGACUCAGAAGGAAAAAUGGAGUAUCAAUUAG